UAAAAAGGCAGUAUGGCGAAAAGAAUAUUUAUACGUAAAAACUGUAGAAUAUUUGACCAGCGUAAAGACUGAACAUUUAAUGGCAGGCUCCGUUAUUUACCAAGGGUUAGAAGAAAAUCCUUGGAUUAGUAAAGACGAACUAAGAGGCGUUGUAGAAAAAGUGGUUAAUUUGAUAAAAAACUCGCAUGGUAUAGAUUUUGAGCGUUCUGGAAAACUUAUUCAAAUUAUACCACAGUUUGAUAUUGCUUUUGAUUGUAUUAGCAAUUUGCAGGACGUUGGAGUUAUAAAAACGAAUAAAGAGAAGCCUCUUACUUCGGAACAGAUUAAACACAAUAUAAAUAAGUUGAAAGGAAAACUUGCUGCUGGAACAUCAAAACUUUGCCAGGAGUUAGUAGUUAUUUUAAAUGGACUAACAAUCUCCGAACUAACCUGGAAGAUCCCUUUGGCUAGUCAGGUCAUAAGUGAUGAUUCGUUACUAGUAGCUCAAUUAUCAAAAAAACAAAAGAAAAAAUUUAUGAAACCGGUUGAAGAAAUGGUGCCCCCAACAAUACCUCAAGGCGUAACAGAAGAAUGUGUGAAAUUCGUAACAAAUUUCAUGCCACGAAGUAUACCAAGGUUGCAAGAAGGAUUAACACAUGAUGGGAACUGGAAGGAAUGUGGCAAUAAGCUUAAUGAGGUCACGUUAAAAAUUCUUGAUACGUUGAAAAGUGUUUGGUGCAAUCCGGCUUUCGGUCCUGAAUUUGUCAAAACGAUGAAUGAGGGUACCUAUGUUAAUAAUGUAGUUGUCUCCGCAAUACGUGCUACAUUAUUUGAUAACCCCUUUGGAGAACAUGCAUUCAUUACUACUUUCGAACGCCAAAGUAUAGCAAGUUCGGAUAGAAGGGGUGACGGGCGCACUGGAAGACGGCCAGAUAUAAUGCUUGUGUCAAAAGAGAGUGAUAAACUUUACGAACUUAUGUACAUAGAAUGCUCACGAAUUUUUUGUAAUAAGCAGAAGGAAGAUGAUGAUAAUGUGAAAUUAUGGCGCGAAACCAAUGAUGGAAUGUAUUGGGUCCAAAAAAGUCGCAAACCUGAGAAGGGUCAAUUCGGAAUUAUAGGGGUGCAAGUAGCAGGGCAAAAGCUAUGUCUGAAUAUUCUGAUUAGAGACAAGGUUGAAGUACAUCGUUAUUACAAAUUACGUGAAUCUAUGAUUCCAAUUCGUUAUACGUAUGAACCUUCUGUUCUGGCUGAAUUCAUUAAAACUUUGUUGGUUUUGCGGAAUAUUUUAAUUGUUAACAUGUCCAUACUACGCAGUACUCCUUUACGUAGAUCAAGUAGAAUUUUAGAAGAUAGUUCAACAGUAACAUCUGAUUAAGUUAAAAUAGAUAGAUUGUAUAUACUAUUAAUAAAAAAUCUCUUGGCAAU